UCGUCUGUCUCUAAGUUCAGAGGCAGGAGAGGAUUCAGCUAUCAGAACAGAUAUUUGUGCGGCAGUUGAUCUCCUCGUAUCAUUCACGAGCUUUCUAGGUGCAGUUGUAGCUAGUCGUCGAGCAUGGACAAGAUGAAGCUGGCGGUGAUUUUGGUUUGCCUCAGUGCGGCGUUUGUCUCCGUUGCACAGGCCUCGGAGUUUUGGGGCGACUUUUACGUCAACUUUGGCGACUGGAACGUGAACUAUCCCGGAAACGAAACCGGGAAAAUCGUUGAUCUUGGCUUGGACCACACAUCAGGUUCCGGUUUCCGAUCGAAGUAUCCUUUCCUUUUUGGCCACAUUGGCAUGAAGUUGAAGCUUGUGGGAGGAAAUUCUGCUGGAACAGUGACUUCUUUCUACCUUGCUUCCAUCUUCGAAAACUGGUGUGAGCUGGAUUUCGAAUUUCUGGGCAACGUGUCCGGUGAGCCUUACAUUCUCCAAACCAAUGUAUUCGCGGAGGGAAAGGGCGACCGAGAGCAACGGAUCUACCUCUGGUUCGAUCCCUCCGAAGACUACCACUACUACGGCAUUCUCUGGAACCAGGACCUCAUUUUGUUCAUGGUAGAUGACGUUGUCAUCAGAGUCUUCCACAACAGCAAGGACCUGGGGCUUCCUUACCUAGAGUACCAGCCCAUGUAUGUAUACUCCAGCAUUUGGAAUGGUGAGUUGUGGGCUACCCGAGGAGGAGCAGACAAGUGCGACUGGAAUCAGGCCCCCUUCGUCGCAUCCUACAAGGAGUUUGACGUGGAUUCGUGUCCAGUGCACAGCCAUGGUGACGAAUAUGUAGACUCGCAUGAAUGCUACAAGAAGCUGCAUAGCAGCUGGUACGGCAGCUCCGAGGCAGGAAAGCUAACCAAGAAGCAGGUCGAUGAUUUGAAGCGCAUCCAGUACAACUAUGUCAUCUAUGACUACUGCACGGACGUUAAGAGGUUCAACUCCACCCCCCCUGAGUGCGCCAGGAAUUGGCCUCAGUUUUGGAGCGAGAGCUAAACGGAAAUGCUAACGCUUUCCUUCCGCCUAGUUUCGAUUUUCUGCUUUGGAGUGAACAUAGAAACAAUCAGAAUUUAUGAACAACGAUCCCAAUCCACCUAGAGGAGUGGUUUCACUGAAGUCGGAACUGGAUACGCCACAUGGAGAUUGCUAACAUCAGAUGAAGUCCAUUCGGUCGAAUGUUUAGCAUCCCAAGUAUCGUUACCCACAACCAAAUUUGAAGUGAUCCUUCCCCAGGUCUAAACAAGGUGCUAGAAUUAUGCAUAAACACUAGACAGGAAAGAACUGCGGAUUGCUGUUUCUUUCUAUAGAAGAUUUGAGAGAGCUUACUUAAUCGAACUUAUUAGCAUAUUGUCCAUCUUAGAUUAUCGAGGGCUCACCUCGCAUUGAUGGAGACCCUUCUCUGAAGAAUGGCAAAGAACUUGAGGGUCAAUACUAGUGUAAGAAGUGCACAUAUUGUGCAAGUCUCAUUCUUUUUACCAGUGAAUAAAUUCCUCGGGCCGUACUACAAUUCUUCGCGUCCGAGCCUUCCG